GCGGAUCCCGCGGGGCCCGGGCGGGGGGGGGGAAAGAGUCGCCGGCCCGGCCAUGGCGGACAACGAGAAAUUGGACAACCAACGGCUCAAGAAUUUCAAGAACAAAGGCCGCGACUUAGAGGGAGAAAACACAGGGAGAGCAGUCUAUGUCUCGCAUAAGGAACCUUCAGGAAGCAUCGCUAGAAAGCAGUUUCUUUCAGAAAAGACUAUGAGAAGACAACGAAAUGAAGUUGUAGUUGAACUAAGAAAGAAUAAAAGAGAUGAACAUCUCUUAAAGAGAAGGAAUGUACCACAUGAAGAUAUCUGUGAAGACUCUGAUAUAGAUGGUGAUUAUAGAGUGCAAAAUACCUCUCUAGAAGCUAUUGUUCAAAAUGCUUCAAGUGAUAACCAAGGAAUUCAAUUAAGUGCAGUUCAAGCAGCUAGGAAGCUUUUGUCCAGUGAUCGAAAUCCACCAAUUGAUGACUUAAUAAAAUCUGGAAUAUUGCCUAUUUUAGUUCAUUGUCUUGAAAGAGAUGACAAUCCUUCUUUACAGUUUGAAGCUGCAUGGGCUUUGACAAACAUUGCAUCUGGAACGUCUGAACAGACGCAAGCAGUGGUUCAAUCCAAUGCUGUGCCACUUUUCCUGAGGCUUCUGCAUUCACCGCAUCAGAAUGUCUGUGAGCAAGCAGUGUGGGCAUUGGGAAAUAUCAUAGGUGAUGGGCCUCAGUGUAGAGAUUAUGUGAUAAGUCUUGGAGUUGUAAAACCUCUGCUUUCAUUCAUAAGUCCGUCUAUUCCUAUAACAUUCUUAAGAAAUGUUACCUGGGUUAUGGUCAAUUUAUGUCGCCACAAAGAUCCACCACCACCAAUGGAAACGAUUCAGGAGAUUCUUCCAGCUCUUUGUGUAUUAAUUCAUCACACAGAUGUAAAUAUAUUGGUAGAUACUGUCUGGGCCCUUUCCUACCUUACGGAUGCUGGCAAUGAACAGAUACAGAUGGUAAUAGACUCUGGAAUAGUUCCUCAUUUGGUUCCUCUACUCAGCCACCAGGAGGUUAAAGUUCAAACUGCUGCACUUCGAGCUGUGGGCAACAUUGUCACUGGAACUGAUGAGCAAACACAAGUAGUUUUAAACUGUGAUGCUCUUUCACACUUCCCAGCACUCCUCACUCAUCCCAAAGAGAAAAUUAAUAAAGAAGCAGUGUGGUUCCUCUCCAACAUUACUGCAGGAAAUCAGCAGCAGGUUCAGGCAGUAAUUGAUGCCAAUCUUGUACCAAUGAUAAUACACCUUUUGGAUAAGGGAGAUUUUGGCACACAGAAAGAAGCUGCUUGGGCCAUAAGUAACUUAACAAUUAGUGGGAGGAAAGACCAAGUGGCCUACCUUAUUCAACAAAACGUCAUUCCACCUUUUUGCAAUUUGCUGACUGUAAAAGAUGCACAAGUUGUGCAAGUAGUACUUGAUGGACUGAGUAAUAUAUUAAAAAUGGCUGAAGAUGAAGCGGAAACCAUAGCCAAUCUCAUAGAAGAAUGUGGUGGUAAGUUUACUCUGAAGUGUUAUAUACACUUAAUAUUCUUUUUGUAACUACCUUGAUUUUCUGAGUAAUAUAGCACUUCCGUAUUUUUCUGUCAUAUAUAAUCAAGUAACAAUAAAGAAUACUAUCUUCUAUAUGUACAGCCCUGUUUAACCUUCUGUAUAUUCUUAGGUAACUGAAUUGUUGCCACAUAGUGAAGGCACCCUGAUAAGGUAGUAGGAAGACAGUGAUAAACAAAACAGCCCCUCAAGGCAUGUAGUUUAGACUUAAAAAGAAAUACGAACUGAUUUAAUGUGCUAAUUACCCUAAUAGAAAUGUACAACAAAAUGGGAUACCUAAUCCAUCCUGGAAGAAGCAGGAAAUGACACCUGAGCUGGAUUGUGAAAGAUGAAUAAGGAUUAAUAAAGUAAAAAGGGAUGAAAGGUGUUCCAGGCAGAGACACAACAUGAGCAAAGUCUGAGGUGAGAAAUAGCAUUCAGCAAAUUAUAGAUAAUUCAGUAUUGCUGAAUCACAGAGUACGAGAUGGCAACUGGCCUGAGUUGAAGCUCGAGAAACAGACCCCAGGAAGUCAAGAGCUUUGUCCAAAAGCAAAUACUUUAUUCUGCAGGGCAGUAAUCACCAAAUCAGGCUUUGGACCAGAGCCACCUAGAAUGUGAACAACACAAUACUUUCUAAUUCUUAAAGUUAACGUCUAGACAAAAAACUGAGUGCCAGCUGUGGCUGUGGAACAAAAUGUGAAUAUCAACCUGAAUAAGUGUAAGAUUGGACUCAAGUUGGAAUGUGAAUGAAAGAGUAGAAGAACCUAUAAAAGAUUAGUGGGAAGCCUUGAGACUGGAAAACUAAUGCAGUAAGAAAUGGACAUUAAUUAGCUGGCAUAUAGCUCUGUAAACGCUUACUAAUAUGCGUGAAGUACUGUGCUCAGUCCUCAGUAUGUUGUCUCCCCACCCGGAAAACAAUGAAGAAGAAAUCAAAACAGAUACUGAAUUCAUACUGUUUUACUAAUGCAAUAAGAAAUAGGCACGUU